AUGAAAGUAGCGAUGAAUUUACUCAAUUCGUUUGGUGAAGAUGAUGACGAUUUAGACUGUAACCUUUUCAUCGACAAGAAUCUCGCUACUGGUUUUUGUAUCGUCGACGUAUAUCGCAGUGUUGCGCCGAACUUGAGCUUACUAAUGCGUGACGGCUUUUCGGGAUCCUUUGAAAAGUUGUAA